ACUUACUCUCCAUCUUCAGCCCCAGCUGGAGGGAAAAAAGAGCAGAGUAAAACCAAGAUGAAAGCAUUAGAAAUGUGGGCUCGCCUCAUCUCCGUCGUGACCGGGCUGAUGUUCGCCUGGGCCGUGCCCCAGUUCCGCAUGCACAUCGAGGGCUUCGCUCACAAGGCCGCCGGCCACAUCAACCCAUAUAUCGAGAUCACUUUCCCGGAGUAUGGGGGGGAGCGGCUCGAGCGGUGCGAGGCCUACGCCGCGAUCAAAAGCUACCUGAGCGCGAGCGCCUCCACGAGGGCGAAGCGGCUCAAGGCCUCUGUCAAGGAUACCCGGUCGCUCGUCCUCAGCAUGGACGACAACGAGGAGGUCGUUGACGAAUUUGAAGGAGUCAAGCUCUGGUGGUCGUGCCUGAUCGUCUCCAGGAAUUCCACGAUUUCCUUAUACCCUUAUUCUGAAAACAGAAGGUUUUUUAAGCUGACCUUCCACCGGAGCCACCGGGAAGUGAUCACCAGCUCUUACAUAAAGCACGUCCUGGCGACGGGGAAGGCAGUGGCGGCCAACAACCAGCUGCGGAAGCUCUUCACCAACAACCCGAGCUCGAACUGGCACUACUACGAGGAGAGCAAGUGGAGCUACGGGGCAUUUGAGCACCCUGCGACGUUCGACACCCUGGCGAUGGAGCCGAGCAAGAAGAAGGAGAUCAUGAACGACCUCCUCAAGUUCCAGCGAGGGAAGGAGUACUACGCAAGGAUAGGCAAGCCGUGGAAGCGCGGCUACCUUCUCUACGGCCCCCCAGGGACAGGGAAGUCUACGAUGGUUGCUGCGAUGGCCAACUUCCUCAACUACGACGUGUAUGACCUCGAGCUUACGACGGUCAAGGACAACACGGAGCUAAGGAAGCUGCUGAUCGAGACGUCCGCGAAGUCGAUCAUAGUGAUUGAGGACAUUGACUGCUCGCUUGACCUGACAGGCCAGAGGAAGACGGGGAAGCAAGAGAAAGACAACCAUGAAGAGAAAGCGGAUCCUGUCAAGAGAACAGAGAAAGGCCGGGAAGAGAGCAAGGUCACGCUCUCGGGGCUCCUGAACUUCAUCGACGGGCUUUGGUCAGCUUGCGGGGGCGAGAGGAUCAUUGUAUUCACGACAAAUUAUGUCGAGAAGCUCGACCCAGCCCUAAUCAGGAGAGGCAGGAUGGACAAGCUUAUCGAGAUGUCCUAUUGCUGCUUCGAGUCGUUCAAGGUGCUUGCAAGGAAUUACUUGGGCGUUGAGGUGCACCCGCUGUUCGCAACGGUGAGGCAGUUGCUGGAGGAGACAAAGAUGACUCCGGCGGACGUGGCAGAGAACUUGAUGCCCAAGUCGGACGAAGAGGAUGAGGAGGCUUGCUUGGAGAGAUUGAUCGAAGCGCUCAGAAAGGCGAAAGAGGAAGCCGGGAAGAAAUCAGAGGAAGAAAAAGCAGCAGCAGCAGAAGCAACAGCAGCUAGAGCAUCGGUGGAUGUGUUCUUGUAAAUAGACAUAUCAAACAUGUGAGUUAGGGUAGCCGAAAUGGAGUGAAGGAGGGCAAGAGAAUGGUUGGAGAGGAUUUGCUAAAUAAGUGAGAGAAUUUUGUGUAUUUAUCAAAUUGGU